AACGUUCACGUGGCGGACGUGAAGAAAUCGAGCAACUCUGAACGCGAACAGAGGUCGGCUUGACAGGCGAAACUGGAGAACCGGAUGCGUGAAAAGAGAAGUUAUUGGCUGCAACUUUAUCCAAAAAACGAAAAUACGAUCGAGGUACAGCAACCAGUACCAGCAAGUAAUUCAAGAAAUCGAGGCAUCUUCCAAUCCAGUCGAAUGACACGCGGACAGUUAACGUACAAAUGUACAAAUUGCAAUCGUUCCUACAUGAGAAUGUCUUGCUUGAAGAGGCAUUUACGAGUUGAAUGUGGUCAAGCGCCGAAAUAUCAGUGUAAAAUAUGCCAUGGUUGGUUCAAAUACAAGCAUAACUUGACGGCACAUUGGAAACUGCACGUCGAGGAGCCGAAACAUAAUUGCGACCUGUGCCCAAAAAAGUUUUACAGACGAGACAGAUUGCUGGAACAUCAAAAGAGGUUGCAUAAUGUUCUUCCAACGUUAUGAGAUUCUCAUUGGAUUUACACGCGUUAAUGAAACAAUCUUGCAAAGUUUCAACUUUAUAUGCUGCCUUUCGAAAGAUGCCAACGACGUUCUUACGUUUUGUUUCACGUUGUAUCGCAGUUUAAUCGAUCGUUGUGUUUGAUCUAUCAUCGAGAAAUAGUGUGUAAUAAUUUGACCAGGAGAAAAAAAAAAAAGAAGCGGAAAGAAAGAAAAGGGCAAGAAAGAACGUAGAAACAAUAUCCACGUGUUUCGUAAUCGAUACAAAUCGGUCGUUACGAAUGCCAUUCAGUUUGAACAAAAAAAUUCCGACGAAUCGCUGAUCGUUAAUUGGCCAUUUUCUUCUAUUAGAUAUUUGCGCUGCCUUAUUCUUACGAGAUUAGGCGAGUUUAAUACAACAAAGAUUUUAACAACAAACACCUACGUAUUUAUAUAUGCAGCUCUUGCAUAUGCUCCUUAAUCUCACCAAAGAAUCGAAUAUAAGUAUGCAAGCUCGUGAGUUAAGUUAAUGCAGCGAUUUCUUCUCUUAUAGUACUUGCACGCGGAUAAAGCUUGUAGAAACGUAUGCUGGAAAACGCAAGGUACAAAAUCGUUCCAGAUUUAAUUUUAUUACAAAUCAGUGUAUCAUUAUUGUUGUUAUUGUUGUUACUCUUGAAGUCUUGUAGGAAAGACGAUAAAAUUGAAGCGUUAUAAUUGCUCUUUCCUACAACAGUGCAAUGUACGCUUCAAAUAAAUGACAAUAUAUACGAA